CCCUCAACGGGGAUCAACCUUACGAUAGGCAGCGCAUGCAUUUGUUUCUAAACAUCUCUUGAUUUUUAUUGGUUUGGAAACGGGGGUUCUGCAUACGAGUCACUCGUCCGCAUUCCGGGAAUUGUCGCCUGAGUUCAAGAUUCUUCCUGGAUCAUCACAGUUAAUGUUCUGCAAUGGGGGUCAAGGCCGCUCUACCUAGAUAUGAGAUCUACCUCUACACCGCUGUGCUCUGCAUGGCUCUGCUUUGGACUGCAAGCUGGAUUUUUGAGGUCUCCAGAGCUAAUGUGAACAGAAAGACAUUCAAAGCCAGUGUAAAGGAUGGCUGGUACUACUUUGGGCGGAAGGUGGACAUGGCAGAUACUGAGUGGGUCAUGUGGUUCCUGAACUUCCGCUGCCACAUUCUCUUUGCCUUGUCGGGUCAUGUGAUCUUCGCCAAGAUCUGCUCAAUGCUGGCCCCGAAGCACAGAUCCAUAAUGUAUACGGCGUAUGGGAUGAUGGCGAUUUUUACCAGCAUGGGCUGGACCUACGUCACUCUGGUAUUAUCCCACUGCGUGCUGCUUUACAGCAUCUCACUAGUCAAGAUCAAGUGGCUCUGCUUCGUGGCCGGACUCACCAGCCUGGCCACCUUCAAGAUAGAGCCCUUUGUCACCUGGCAGGAGGGUUUCGUGACUGGAAGCUUUCAGCUUCAGGGGCUCCUCUUCUACGGAGGCUGUGGCUUCACCAUCAUGCGAUGCAUGAGCUUCGCCCUGGAGAACUGCGAGAAGAACGAGGGGAACUACAGUUUCCUGGAACUGCUGAAAUACAACUUCUACCUCCCGUUCUUCUACUUUGGACCUGUCAUGACUUUCGAUAAAUUCCACGUACAGGUGAACAAUCCCGACUUGAUCCGAAAGGAGAGGGAGAUGUGGAACAUCAUCGCUUGGGCCGUGGGCCACCUCGGGAUCAUCAUCACGGUGGACGUCUUGUUUCACUUCAUGUAUAUUUUGACAAUACCUUCUGACUUGAAGCUGGUGAAGCAGCUCACAGACUGGACACUAGCUGGACUGGCCUACUCUAACUUGGUGUUUGACUGGGUGAAAGCCACAGUGAUGUUUGGGGUUAUAAACACUGUCUCCAAGCUCGACCACCUGGAUCCUCCAAAGCCGCCUAAAUGCAUCACCAUGCUCUACGUCUUCGCUGAAACACACUUUGACAGAGGAAUAAACGACUGGCUCUGCAAGUAUGUUUAUGACUACUUGGGUGGAAACCAUGACAAUAUCUGGAACGAGCUGGUGGCAACAGUUUGUACGUUUAGCGUCACGGCCCUGUGGUUGGGGCCCUGCCAGAUUGUCUGUGUGUGGGCUUUCUUGAACUGCUUCGGCUUAAACUUUGAGUUUUGGCUGGCCAAGUUCUUCUCGCUGGAGCCCUUUGCUUCCAUUGAGAUGGCAAUGUCUGAGGCCAUGUCACGCAGGAUCAGGGCUGUGUUUAAUGCCUUUAACUUCUGGGCUAUCAUCCUGUAUAAUGUUCUAGCCCUGAACAGUCUCGAUUUCGCCCGGCUGGUUGCCAGAAGGCUUCUUCUUAGAGGUUUUCCUCUGUCCACACUGUCUGUGCUGAUCGUCACAUACUGCGGAAUACAGCUAAUCAAGGAGCGUGAGAGGAAGCAGGCCCUGCUUCUGGACCCCGAUCCCGUGCUGACCCCAGAACCCACCCCGAUCCCCGCCUCUACCCCCUCGCCUACCACAACACCCACACCUUCACCCAAAGCUGUGGCAGUGGAUGCCCCAGGAAAGGAGGAUGCGGGGAAGGAAAAGGCGGAGUAAAGUUUACCAUAACGACAAGGCUCACUAAACCUGCAUCUAUAAUUUGUGGUUUAUGUCUGGGAGUUACCAGGAAGUCUCAGUCAAGCUGUGUCGGGCUGUACACCAUGUUUCUGAAGAGGAAAUGUCAAAGCAGUUCUGAAGUGUAAAUCGAACUGGUACAGAAGUUUCAUACCCCAGUAAAUGUUUUUAUUAUUAAAGGAAAAUACUCAGAGUGCAUGGUUUAACUAUGUAGGGAAUUCUGUUAAAUAAAUAAUUCUGUUAAAUAAGUAUUCUGUCAAAUAAUACAAUGCAAGAUUUGCACCUAAUUUUCAUUUAGGAAAAAAAUAUAAAAAUUUUUAUUAAACAAUCUCACAAUUGUUUUUGGAUAAUUUUCUGUUAAAGGUUUUAACGUUAAAUAUUCAGUGAAAAACGUGUCAUGCCUUGAUAAUACUAAAUUUAUUAAUUUCUUACAGACCACAAGGUUUGGUUUUCUUAUGUGCCAAAUGAUACAGUUUAUGUAUAAAAUGUCAAAAGAAUAUAUUGCUUCCACUUUACAGACAUCUUUUUUUCUUAAUUGUAAUGUUGCAUUGAAUUAUUUUUGUCAUUUUCGCUUUGUUAGCAUAUCGCAGAAUUAAGAUAUGACAUAUAUGAACCUGCUAUAAUAAAUUUAGAUUUGGA